GUACACUUCAACAGUGUCAUGAUGCCAUUGAUCACCUAAGGCGUAUCAUUGAGAAGAAGCAUGUUUCUUUAAAUGAAGCAAAAAAACGACGUUGCCCACGGGAAUGGGAGCGUGUUACACUGAAAGCCAGCACGACAGACACACACUGUCGUGAGGAGGAUGGUGAAAAGGAAGCCAGCGUGACAGACAACCACUGUCGUGAGGAGGAUGGUGAAAAGGAAGCCAGCGUGACAGACAACCACGGUCGUGAGGAGGAUGGUGAAAAGGAAGCCAGCGUGACAGACACACACUGUCGUGAGGAGGAUGGUGAAAGGGAAGCCAGCGUGACAGACAACCACGGUCGUGAGGAGGAUGGUGAAAAGGAAGCCAGCGUGACAGACACACACUGUCGUGAGGAGGAUGGUGAAAGGGAAGCCAGCGUGACAGACAACCACGGUCGUGAGGAGGAUGGUGAAAAGGAAGCCAGCGUGACAGACACACACUGUCGUGAGGAGGAUGGUGAAAGGGAAGCCAGCGUGACAGACAACCACGGUCGUGAGGAGGAUGGUGAAAAGGAAGCCAGCGUGACAGACACACACUGUCGUGAGGAGGAUGGUGAAAGGGAAGCCAGCGUGACAGACAACCACGGUCGUGAGGAGGAUGGUGAAAAGGAAGCCAGCGUGACAGACACACACUGUCGUGAGGAGGAUGGUGAAAGGGAAGCCAGCGUGACAGACAACCACGGUCGUGAGGAGGAUGGUGAAAAGGAAGCCAGCGUGACAGACACACACUGUCGUGAGGAGGAUGGUGAAAGGGAAGCCAGCGUGACAGACAACCACGGUCGUGAGGAGGAUGGUGAAAAGGAAGCCAGCGUGACAGACACACACUGUCGUGAGGAGGAUGGUGAAAGGGAAGCCAGCGUGACAGACAACCACGGUCGUGAGGAGGAUGGUGAAAAGGAAGCCAGCGUGACAGACACACACUGUCGUGAGGAGGAUGGUGAAAGGGAAGCCAGCGUGACAGACAACCACGGUCGUGAGGAGGAUGGUGAAAAGGAAGCCAGUGUGACAGACAACCACGGUCGUGAGGAGGAUGGUGAAAAGGAAGCCAGCGUGACAGACAGCCACUGUUGUGAGGAGGAUGGUGAAAAGGAGGCCAGUGUGACAGACAACCACUGUCGUGAGGAGGAUGGUGAAAAGGGAAGAGAGCUGGGAAGUUUCCAAAUGUGCUUUCCUUUAUUUACAUGUGCGUUUAAUUUUGUUUCUUUUUCAGGCAACACAACUCCUUCUUUAUGGCUGAAAGACGUUAUCAAGAGAAACGACGCUUCCUUUCUCAUCAACACAUUUGAGGGGGGAGGAGGGGGCUGCGAUGGGCAGUCAGGCAUCCUGGCUCAGCCCACCCUCUGCCAUGUGCAAGGGCCGUUCAGCCUGAGAGCCGCCCUGCAGUGGAUGGACAUGCUGCUGGCGGCGCUGGAGUGCUACAACACCUUCAUCGAAGAGAGAACCUUGGAGGCAUCCGAGGUCCUGGGUACUGAAACACAGUCUUCACUUUGGAAAGCAGUGACUUUCUUUUUAGAAAGCAUUGCUAUGCAUGAUACUAUGGCAGCUACAAAGAGCUUUGGCCCUGGGAUAACAGAUAACAGACUCAGCCCACAAGAGGAAGAAAGAUAUAAUUACAGCAAAUGCACAAUUGUUGUUCGGAUUAUGGAAUUUACCACAACACUGCUCAGACUCUACCCAGAAGGCUGGAAGCUUCUUGAAAAGUAUUUAUGUAACACAAACCUUAUGAAACUCUUGGUGAAAACCUUAUGUGAGCCCUCGAGCAUAGGUUUCAAUAUCAGUGAUGUCCACAUUAUGAAUCACCUUCCUGAUGUUUGUGUGAACCUGAUGAAAGCACUAAAGAAGUCUCCAUACAAAGACAUUCUAGAGAGGAACCUCAAGGAAAAAAUAACAGCACAGAGCUUUGAGGAGCUCUGUGGCAUUGACCUGUAUGGCCCUGAUGCUUACGUGGACAGGGCCAAGUUGUCUUCUUUCGUGUCAGCUUGUAAACAUCUUCAUCGAGCUGGGGUUUUGCAUGAUGUAUUGCCAUCUCAGUCUAUAGAUCAGCAUCAUUAUAUUGGCACAAAGCUUCUUUCCCUGGUUUAUAAAAGCAUCGCUCCUGGACACGAACGACAGUGCCUCCCUUCACUUGACCCCAGCUGUAAGCGAUUGGCCAGUGGACUUCUGGAGUUGGCCUUUGCUUUUGGAGGAUUGGUAGGAAAAACAGCCACAUGCUAUGCUAUCCUAAUAAUGUGA